GAAUAUUGCGUGGUCAUUUCCUCCCUAAAAAAGAAAAGGAGAAAAUCUGAAUAUAAUCUUUGUCGAACACACAAUGGUCCGCUAACAGAUAUGAGGACCAACCGGCAUUGUCUUGUCGCCAAAAAAGUGUAUGACAUCGAAGUCCUUUUCAACGUACUGCAGACAGUAUGUCUUAUCCCAUCCAUGUGGAAAUACAUCCACACUUAUUUGGCCUCCUUAACAUCCAGGAUAUACUCUAACGAAACAUUAAAACUCUACAUUACCUAUGACACAGUUAAGUCCAUAAUCCGAAAAAUUUUGAAGCAAUGCUUUCACAAACUUUUCUCGAACUCUGUGCUCACUGUCAUAAAUGAC